UCUAGUUGACUUCAAUCCGGUCCAUGAAGCGUCAUCCGCGAGGACUCGCCUCCUGCACCGCACGCUACUUUGAGCUCCGAAUCGCUAAAAGCACAAUUUAAAUGAUCGACGCAUCAAAAACUGGACCUUGCACUUAGCUUUCCGCGGUUCACCCCCCCUCAUCUGGCGGUCUGUCUCUCGGACUUUGAAAAUAUUUGCCGUCAGGAGGACACUUAAAGCCUGCAGGCAGGCGGGAUGAGCUGAUAGGCGCUGCGAGGUGUACUUGUGUUCCGUGGCGCGGCGAUGCCCUGGUAUCAAAGCGCCAGCUGUGUUUGGCAGGGAGGGAGACGCAUCAUUGAACCUGUGGCCGUGGACACGCGCUGGCUCGUAAAUGUCCAAGCCGAGUUGUAAGUUACAGGAGAGAGAUGUCCGAUGAGCCCACAUGCAGCAAUCGUGAGGAAUUGUACCGCUCAGCGUUUUGAGGUUUCCCUCUUCCCUGCAACUUCGAUGGCUUGAAAAGGAGCCCAUCUCCACUUGUGCAUGAACUGAAGGAGGAUGUGAGGCAUGGGCCAUCUACCGCCCUCACACUGCACGGAGUAGCGGCCAAACCCGGCGACGUGAUCCUCCAGGUCGCUAUCUGAGUGCCAAUAAAAAACUACUUUCGAGAUAUGAAUUAUCGACUCGAUUUUCAGGCCGUUUCAUCCUAUUGGUUGUCUUACGCUACCGACAUCGGGAUUUCAAGAGGAACAUGAUUGGGACAGAAACUAUUUCUGGAGCCGUCGGUCACAGAUUUCGCCGCUGAAUCGGCCUGGAUGUUGAUUUCCCCAACAGUCCAGUCCUAUGUGUACUGCAUUCAUCCAUUGGAAACGCUGCUUAGUGUCUUGGAGAACAGCGCAGGAGGAAUGCUGGUCCAAGAUCUAAUGCCAUUUACUCUAAGUUGGUGGCCUUUCUUCUUCGGUCAUUGCCUCCUCUCUCUGGUUUUACUCUCAUGCCAGGGUGAACUCCAGAGGUCACAGAGGUCAUGCUCACAGACUGUGGCGGAGAAAGUUAGCGAGCAGUGCCAGCUGGCGUGCCACUGUCGGAGGUACCCGCCCCUGCCUCCCCCGCCUCCCCCGCCGCCUCCCCCGCGGCUCCUGGAGAUCACAGUGGUGGAGCCCGUGGCCCCCCUGCUGAGGCCCUGGUGGAUGGAGAUGGAGAUCAUAGUACUGGGGACGGUGGGCUGUGCCUCGGUGGUCUUCCUCCUCUCCGCCAUCAUCAUCUGCUACAAAGCAAUCAAGAGGAAACCAUUAAGGAAGGAGGAGAACGGGACGAGUCGCGGCGAGUACGCCAUGAGCACGCGCAGCAAGAAGGCCACGGGCACCAGCAACAACGCCGGGGUGUAGGGGCCGUCCCCGAGCCGGGGACACCGGGGCCCCCACCGUUCAGUCAUCUCUGACCCCCCCCCCCCCCCCCAACACUGACGAUCCCCCCCUCAUCCAAACGGCUCCGAGGGCUGCUGUUGUUGUUGUUGUUGUUUUUGUCGUCGGUGGGGUUUUUUGACCCGAGAUUUCCCGAAACUCAGCGUUCACCUCGUCGCCUUGACGAGGGACGCAUCCUCCAGCUCCAGGAAGAUGGAGAGAGGGAAGAACGAAAUCGCACGUAGAGAGAGAGACGGGGGGGGGGGUGGCAGGGGGGGAGCGAUGGGGAGGGGGGGUGUUGAGGGGAGCAAACCCCCACGGUGGCGGUGAAGACACAGCAGGCUGAACACACCACACUCUUAGGAAAGCCAGCGAGUGCUGCUGACAGGCCCGCUGACUGGAGGAGGGAACUGACUGUGUGUGUGUGUGUGUGUGUGUGUGUGUGUGUGUGUGUGUGUGUGUGUGUGUGUGUGUGUGAGUGUGUGUCUGCGUGUGUGUGUGGGUGUGUGUCAGUCUGCAGUAGACCCACUACACAACACACUUUGUGUCUCUCUCGUUGACAUCUGCAACAGAAACCUACGGACAAUGCAGGAGCCCUGGAGCCUAAAGGAAAGAACAUCUCUCUCUCUCUCACACACACACACGCCCACACACGCACACACACACACACACACUCACGCAUACACACGUACACAUGCGCACACACGAGAAAAUAAGAACAAACAAAAAAACGUGCAUGCAGUUUUUAUGGAGAAUGCAAACAUUUUUUUAGAAUCCUCACCGUCUGUCACUGGCUGUUUUUUUUUUAAGGCGUUUUGCAUUUUUUUAGCGACAUACUUUGUGAGAGGCAUGGUUCUGGCUCGGAGAUUGGGAUUAUUCGUCUGACUAUGCAAUUAAAAAAAUAUUAAAUCUAUUGAGAAAGUGGAGCGAUUUCCCUUUAUAAAGUAUUGCCACUAAGUACUUAUAGACUCAAUGUAAAAUAUGUCCAUUUGUUAUUCUAUUUAUUACGUUAGCUAUCUUUGAGUUUGUUUCCAUAGCUAAACAACGCUGUCCCUUUAGUUUCUCACAUCGUGAAUGAUAAGAAUCUUUUUGUUUUUUUCUCUUGUUGUCUAUUUUUCCACGUGAAUUAUUCAUAAACCAUAUAAUUCUUUCACCGUGACGCCCCGAUGCAUUGAGCCCGCCUGUCAGAUGAGACACUGAUGCAGAAAAGGCGCUUGCUCUGCAAAGAGUUUCGGUGUCAGUGGUUUCGUCUCUGGCAGUCUGAGACGCCUUUCUCCACGUUCCCCGAGACUUGGACACAAGAGACAGGGAGCGCUGCGCGGCGCUCUGCGAAUGUGUUUACAUUAGAAUCUCUGCAUUGCGUUACAACCGCCCCCCCCCCCCCCCCCCCCUCCCCCAUUCUAUUUUCAUUUCCAUUAUCUCUCAUCCUUUAUCUUGUCUAAAAGUGCAAUGCCCCUACGAUAUAAACAAGUAUGCCAUUACACUUAGUUUGCUUAUUUUAUGUCUCAUUAGUUUAGAGUCCUGAAGUCUGCAAGAUGCCUGAAGAUAUGUUUUAUUUGGACUCCGCAAUCUUCACUUAGCCAUCUGCCAAGAGAGCCAUCUAAUCACCAAUAGAGGGGGGGGGCAGAGCUGACCUUGCAGCUGGUGAGUGACAGCAGGCUUAGCCAAUAGUCAGAGAUCAGCUUGCAGAGUGGUACGUUUGUCACUCAAGUCCUGUCUCAGACACAUCCUCCACGAGCCCCUUGUACAAUAACUCAACCCCUUUUGACCGGAGUGUCAAUCAAUACUGUGCUGCUUCAUAACAUUAAAGAUGUGGAUAUGUCUCUGUGUGUGUGUGUGUGUGUGUGUGUGUGUGUGUGUGUGUGUGUGUGUGUGUGUGUGUGUGUGUGUGUGUCUGUCUGUCUGUCAUGUGUGUCUGUUUGUGUGUCUGUGUGUCUGUUUGUGUGAGUGUGUGGUUGUCUGCCUUCCGCCAUGUCUGUGUGUCUGUCUGCCUGCUGGUCUGUGUCUGCCUGUCUGUCUGCCUGUCUGUCUGUAUGCCUUAAACGUGCAUGCAGGCAAGUGUUUUGUCUGAGAGUCGGUCGUACUCUGUCGCUGUCAGUAUAUUGUAGACAUAGGCUAAACUGUUGACAUAUUGGAAAUACUCAUUUGCAUUAAAACAUGCACAGGUAUUAGAAAACAGUAUACCCUACAAUGUACCCAUAUGAGAGAAAUGAUGGAUGCAUGAAUGUAAAUAUUGAUAUUAAUAUCUGCCUUCUGGACUGUUAAUUACAUGUACAGCAUAACAGAACAUCUAUUUAUACAUAGUAAAGAAUAAAUAAACAGUGUGCUACAAAGUAGAGGUAUGUGUAUUGUGUGUGGUUAUAUCGACGAAGCAAGCCUUUCAUGUAAAUACGGCAAUCAAUAAUCAAUGCACCGCUGAUGCAUCAUAACAAACUGAUAGGACCAUGUGCAGAAGUCGAUUCCAUCGCUCAUUUUUUCAGUUUUGAAUAAAACUGUUCAUAUUGACA